AUGACGGUCGGAGAAUUCCCCUUGAACGGCAAGAUCGCGGUAGUGACAGGCGCAGGCUCUGGUAUCAAUCUUGCAUUUGCCAAAUUAGCCGAGCAAGGAGGCGCAAAGAUCGUGAUUGCGGAUCUCAAACUGACUGGUGAUGCCGAGGACUUCAUGAGGGUUUCAGAAGCCAAAGGCUCUGUAAUCUACGUCCACUGCGACGUAACCAAGAGGGCAGAUUUGGAAAACCUGGCCCAAGAGUCGGAGAAACAGUUUGGCGAUGUCCCAGACGUGUGGAUUGCUGGUGCAGGAGUCUUCGAACCUGCCUGGUCGAAUUUCUGGGACGAUACCGAACUCGACGGAUACAAACAGGUCGACAUCAAUGUCAACCAUCCAAUGAAACUCUCCAGGAUCGCGAUUAAGUCUCUGGUGAGAAAACGAAAACCAGGCGUAGUACUGGUGGUAGCAUCCCUGGCUGGCUAUCAAGGAGCCUUUUCAAGCCCUCUCUAUUGUGCUACGAAACAUGCCUGUGUGGGCUUUGUGAGAUCAAUGGCGGAGCUUGAUAGGAUUGAAAGGAUCAAAUUUGCCUUGAUCGCGCCAGGAUUUGUUCGCACGCCACUCUGGACUGACCACCCAGAGAAGAUGGCACAGUUUGGCUAUUCCUUGGAGAAUUCGGUCACCCCGGAAACAGUUGCGGCCAGGAUGAUUGAUUUGGUUACCAGCGCCAAAUACGUGGGCGGCAGCUGUUUGGAGGUCGCUGCAGGAGGAUCGCGCCUUCUAGGCACUUGGGAUGUCCCUGCACCAGAUGCUCGAGGCACAACAAUAGAUUCGGCAAUCCUGGAGGAGAACUAUAAGCCCAUAUUGGCAAAACUACAGACAGAGAGAGUAGCUCUGUGAAGAGCCACAAUCUGCUCCUGAAUGUUAUCUAUAGACAUUUCGGGCAAACAGCC